AUGUCAAUCAAUAUUCAUCCUCACUGUCCUCUCCUUCACAGAAAGAAUGCAACGUCUGAAACGACAUCGCUUCUCUCGGUUGGGGAGAGCACCGCCGCGACACUGGGUGAUAGCCGCAACGCACCCGCAAAAGGACAACAGCAAGCUGCCGAAGCCGCGAUUGUUGAUCUGCUGAGGGACGCUCGCGCUGCACUCAAGCCUACAUCAAAUGUGUCAGCGGCGGGCUCCCCAAGAAGAAAAUCUGUCGCUGAACGACUUACAUCUCGAUUCUCUCCUUCAAAGACGGCGAAGGAGCCGGACCCAGGCUUACCGUUGUAUGAAACCCACAGACCUCCAUCACCGUCAUACCAACCAUCGGCGCUCUCAUCGACGCCAUCGCGAGCGCCAUCAGUGCUUGACAAUGCGCCCAGCAUCCCUCCUCCUUCGAACGACUCACCGCGCUAUGUGCCGUACCGCCGACCUACUUCGCCAGACCGACCCUCGCCAGCUAGACCAUACUCGCCGACCAGGACUUCGACCGACUAUACCCGGCCCCAAGCGUCCAGUGUCUCGUACGAGCCGUCAGACCUGAAUGGCAGCCCACGCCGACCCGGGAGCCCUAAACGACCGCUUCCCCCGGCGCCCUUAUUCGCAGGUGGCAGGCCAGUGUCUCGCGAUUCAGAUGCAACUGUGGAUCUAUCCACCGUUCCUCUCAAUGACGAUGAUGUCUUCUCCGACGAGCACCGCACGGACAGGUACUCUCGCGACUCCUUCACGUCCGAUGAAACGGUGACAGAAGAAGACACAGUUGCAAACGAGAAGGUGGACCACUAUGGCCCUGCACCGGAUGGGGCACAAGUCAGACGCGGAGCGCGACAAGCCGUCAUGACGAAGAAAGAAGUCCGUCUCAUUAAUGGUGAACUGAUCUUGGAGUGCAAGAUCCCCACCAUCUUGUACAGCUUCUUGCCGCGAAGAGACGACAUCGAGUUUACGCACAUGCGAUACACGGCUGUCACUUGCGAUCCCGAUGACUUUGUCAACAGAGGCUACAAGCUCCGGCAAAAUCUGGGCCAACCGCGCGAGACGGAGUUGUUCAUUUGCAUCACCAUGUAUAACGAGAACGAGAUUGACUUUACGCGCACCAUGCACGGAGUUAUGCGCAACAUCAGUCACUUCUGCUCCCGCACGCGAUCUCGGACCUGGGGCAAAGACGGAUGGCAGAAAAUUGUCGUAUGCAUCAUAUCCGAUGGCCGGCAGAAAGUGCAUCCUAGGACCCUCGACGCAUUAGCAGCGAUGGGUUGCUACCAGGACGGUAUUGCGAAGAACCACGUCAAUCAGCGCGAAGUCACAGCCCACGUGUACGAGUACACGACCCAAGUGUCUCUGGACUCUGAUCUGAAGUUCAAAGGUGCGGAGAAGGGAAUUGUGCCUUGCCAAAUGAUUUUCUGCCUGAAGGAGCGCAAUCAGAAGAAGUUGAACUCGCAUCGGUGGUUCUUCAAUGCUUUUGGCCGUGCAUUGAACCCAAACGUGUGCAUUUUGUUGGACGUGGGAACGAAGCCCGGGCCUAAGGCGCUCUAUCAUCUCUGGAAGGCUUUUGAUACCGACUCUUCUGUCGCCGGUGCAGCUGGAGAAAUCAAAGCUGGAAAGGGCAAAGGAUGGCUUGGCUUGCUCAACCCGCUUGUUGCAUCUCAGAACUUUGAGUACAAGAUGUCGAAUAUUUUGGACAAGCCGCUAGAGUCAGUGUUUGGGUACAUCACCGUGCUUCCUGGUGCGCUUUCAGCAUACCGAUACCAUGCCCUGCAGAACGAUCACACCGGGCAUGGACCCCUGAGUCAGUAUUUUAAGGGUGAGACUCUGCACGGAAUAGAUGCCGAUGUGUUUACUGCGAACAUGUACUUGGCCGAGGAUCGCAUUCUCUGCUGGGAGCUUGUGGCGAAGCGCAGUGAACAGUGGGUAUUGAAGUACGUGAAAGCGGCAACAGGAGAGACCGAUGUGCCAGAUGCUGUACCUGAGUUUAUCUCGCAACGUCGCCGCUGGCUCAACGGAGCUUUCUUCGCAGCCGUCUACUCGCUCCUUCACUUUAAGCAGAUCUGGGCAACAGACCACACCAUCUGGCGCAAGACCCUCCUGCACAUCGAGUUUAUCUACCAAUUCGUCUCCCUGAUGUUCACCUUCUUCUCUCUGGCCAACUUCUACCUGACCUUUUUCUUCAUCGCGGGCAGUCUCGCAGACCCGAAGCUCGAUCCCUUCGGCCACAACAUCGGCAAAUACAUCUUCUACAUCCUCCGCUACACAUGCGUCCUUCUCAUCUGCAUGCAGUUUAUCCUUUCAAUGGGCAACCGACCGCAAGGCGCCAAGAAGAUGUUCCUCAGCAGCAUGGUUGCGUACUGCGUCAUCAUGGCCUACACCACCUUCGCAUCCAUCUACAUCGUUGUCGUGCAGCUCAAAGACCCCAAAGCCCCGAAGUCGCUCGGCAACAACGUCUUUACGAAUCUAAUCAUUUCCACCGCCACCACUGUAGGCCUCUACUUCCUGAUGUCCUUCAUGUACCUGGACCCAUGGCACAUGUUCACCUCCUCGGCUCAAUACUUUGCGCUCUUGCCAAGCUACAUCUGCACCCUGCAGGUCUACGCCUUCUGCAACGCGCACGACGUCACAUGGGGUACAAAAGGCGACAACGUAGCCAAAACCGAUCUCGGCGACGCAAAAGCCAAAUCCAAGGACCUCGUCGAACUCGAAAUGCCCAGCGAACAACUCGACAUCGACAGCGGCUACGACGAAGCCCUGCGCAACCUGCGCGAUCGCGUCGAGGUGCCUAAACCCGGUGUCUCCGAGGCGCAGGCCCAGGAGGAUUAUUACCGCGCGGUGAGGACGUACAUGGUGGUUGUGUGGCUGAUCAGCAAUGCGAUCCUCGCCAUGGCCGUCAGCGAGGCGUAUUCUGGGAGUGCGAUUCAGGAGAAUUUUUACUUGAAGUUCAUUCUGUGGAGUGUCGCUGGGUUGGCGUUUUUCAGGGCGAUAGGAUCGACCAGUUUCUUGAUCAUUGAGUUGGUGCACAAGGGGAUGGAGGCGAAGUUGAAGUGGGCUGAUAGGAGCGAGAGUGGAAGUACGCGAUCGACUGGGUUGGGCGGUGGGAGAAGGCGGUGGGGGCGUGGAUGGGGUGCUGGUGGUGGAAGUUGGUGGAGUGGGAGUUAUGUUGGGAGUAAGGUGAGUAGUUGGGCGCCGAGUAGCUGGGGUGGGAGCAGUUUGGGGAGGUAG